AUGCUGAGAUCAAGGCUAARUAUAGAGAAGUUGUUCCUCCACCAGAAACCAGGAGAGAGUUUGUGGUUAGGAAGAUCGCUGAACUUAAAGAGGAUUCGCCAUAAGACUGACAAGCAGAUGCGGAAGCUUGGAAAAUAUGAGGAUGAGCUGGCUAAGAUUGACAGAGAUGCAGAAAAGGUGGAGUAA